AUGAUACAUAACUCGACUUCGGAAGGAUAUGGACAUCCGUCUAGGCCCAUGUCACCAGAGUGUGCGUCCACGACACACUGUGCUACUUCACGUUUGUCCAGAGCCAACUCUCAGAAUAAAUCUAAAAAGACUGGCUCCGAUACCGCAGAACUUACUUCUAGAUUGGGAGCGGUAACACCGACGAUGCAGGGGCCCGUCUCAGGGAUGGCUACGGACUCUCCCUCAAACAGUCCAGGUGAUAACAAUAUCCAAGAAGGACUUUGUAGUUUGAAUCGUUGGUCUCAGUCAACGACAUCUAGCAAGAGUUCGCCCAAGUAUGUUGACUAUAACCGAGGGAAUUUCUCUAAAGCAUCCUUCGACGAUGAUUGCACCUCGCCCAAAGGCCGUAUAAGCCCCGAAAGGAAUACCAUCCUGCAUGUUUCUCCUCGGGUCGCCGCGCCGAUGGAUGAUGAAAGUCCACUGCAAAGACGUCGUUCUCCCCAUUCCAUUGCCACAGGUCACUACAUGCGAACCCUUGAAUUCGGAGACCACGGUGAAUCACCGGCCUUUUCAAAAGAUGCUAGAGAUGCGGCUCCGUCGCAUUGGGACCCCUUGCCACCCGAGUCUACGUCGAUCGCUGCUAGCCUCUUUCAAAACCCGUGGUCAAGGCCAAGUGUUGAUCCACAGCCAGUCAACCAGAGCUCACAACCAUAUUCUGGGAGGGGCCUAAUUCCCGGGAAGCGGCGACGAGGCCACUCCCAAAAAGCUAUGCUGUCCAAAGCUCUACAGAAAGCCAACACUGCUGUACUUCUGGACAACGCAGCAAACUUCGAAGGCGCAAUGGAAGCAUACAAUGAUGCCUGCCAACUUCUACAGCUCGUUAUGCUUAGAAGCAGCGGUGGUGAGGAUGAAAGGUCAAAACUUCAGGAAAUUCGAGAUACAUACAUGAUUCGUGUAACGGAGCUGCAACGUAUGGAUUUCUCCUUUGCCGAGCCCAACAGCAAAGCUCUUCCAGAGCGCCCCCUCAGCCAGGAGUCCUACAGUGAGAUGUUUCAAUCGAUCGAAGAGGAUGGGAAUGAAACAUUGCUCAAUGAGAACAUGAAUUCGUUGCGGCACAUUUCUAGCAAUCACCAUCCAGUGCUAGAUGAACCAACGGCAUUGCCUUCCAAUCAAGUCACACCAAGGCGCCAGUCGCUAUUGCCUUCCGCAAUAGACGAUGACCUGCGUUAUCUGACCCUAUCACCGACUGCCACCAAACAGAACGAUUAUGCCCAGACCGAAUCUUCUAGAUCAUCUGAAGAUGAGCAUUUACGAACAGAGCAUGUCUCUGGGUCAUUGAACAGAGAAGAGCAUUCAGCUCACCACCAUCGAUAUUCUGAGUGGACUGUACUGGGGGCCCAUGCGAAGGAUGCUUACGAGUCGACAUCUUGGCUUGAUACCAUCGACGAGUCUGGCGCAUCUUCACCGGCUUCCAUGCGCUCCAAAGUAUCAUCUGUGUACCUACGAAAUAGGACGAGUUGUCGCCUCAGCCACGGUACAGAGGCUGAAUUUGAUGCUGCUCUUGAUGCCGCUGUCGAGGCUGCCUAUGAUGAUGGACUUGAGCCAGUAACAGAACUAUGUGGCCAGUAUGAUGGUGGCGUUGAUAUUGGUAUUGAGAAUGACAUCGUGGCGAAUGCUCGUAGAAAUGUUGAGUUGGCGAAGCAGAAAGUAAGGGAAGCCGAGCGUGAGGCGCAAGUGGCGAUGGCGCGAGGACGGGAGAUGCGACAUUUGCAACAACACACCAUUCUUGAUCAUUCCCAUGCGGUAGCCUCGGAAUAUCUGGAUGAGGAAGCCGAGGAAGAGGAGCGUUUACUGGAAGAGAUGACCAGAGGUUAUGUAAUGGAUGACUUCAACUUUGGUCUUCAGUCCAAAUCAGCUCUGCCUCGACAAUCGGAUUCUAGCAGCUUUUCCGGUAGGACUUGGGAGAGCUCGGCUGCAUCCAAUACAACAACUCCCGGAACAACAUUGUCGCCACUUGCAGAAGAUACCGCUCUGCCAAUAGUAGAUUCAAUAGCGGAGCAAGGCUGUGAACCUUGCUCUGUCCAUGCCAGUACUACUGCUAUAUUGCCUAAGCCAAGUCUUGUCUCAGUGCCAGGUCCAAGCGUACGUGCGCGAAGAAUGUCGGGUCAGAAUCCCACGGAAUUGAAGAUCGAAACGAAACCUCGCUUUCGAGCCGACUCAGAUAUAUCUAGUCAUGGUCAAUCCUCUGACCCUCCGACCUUUCGACCACCACCUAUUUCAAAAGAUGAAAACCCUACAAACCUUUCUAUGCAAAUAAACAAAACCCUAGGACCUACUCCCGCCUUGCGCGCGGCGGUGCGUUCAACCAAGAGGAACACAUCCAUUGGGUCCUUCAGUGAAGACACUUGGAUAAAUGGCAGUCUGGACAAAUCUGCGACUCAAGAAGAAGACAACAACUCCGGCACUUCAAAAAUGCCAUCACCAGCUCGGCCGAUCGGGAAAGUCCCUUCGGCACCGGAAAACCUGGGAAAACUGAACUCAGGUUUGAAAUCAUUUCGUGCAAGGAAUGUUUCAGUACCAGGGGCUGAUCCCAUAACCGACUCUCCAGACACUCCAGGCAGUGCAUUCCCCUCUUUUGAUAUUCAAAAAGGAGCUGGGGCUGCCGCAGUGCCGAUCAUGCCCACUCCAACUGGCGCAACCUUUGCCCCUAAUGGUCUCCCAAGUGGGGGCCUGUAUUUGUUCGACAGCCAUAUCCACUCACCGACAAAUCUAGGCUCACCAAAUAUGACAGCUACUAACGCCCCUUUACCCUUAGAGCCUUGUCCAGAGUCGUUCCUCUUACGUCCAUUUUGGCUAAUGCGAUGUAUAUAUCAAACAAUAGCCCACCCCAGCGGUGGCUACUUGACUACCAAGCUAUUUGUUCCGCGCGAUGUCUGGCGUGUAAAGAAUGUUAAAAUUAAGGCAGUGGAGGAAAAAAUCUCAAAUUGUGACUUGUUGACGGCGGCGUUGCUGAAACUGGCUAAGGUUGAUACUUACGAUGCCGACGCCGUCUUGGAAGAAAUGCAGUCUCUGGAGACUGUUCUUGACCAGGUACAAUCGUCACUAUCCAAAAAGCUGAGCAGUGAGGUUGGAGUUCAGGGAGCUACGGCCCUUUUCAAAGCCUCUCAAGGUUCGGACGACGCGGCAACUGUCGAUGCUUUGCCUUCGAAAACUUCCAGCAGCGCCAGCAAAUCGUACUUGACUUCCUGGCGCAAACUGCGAUCCAAAAAUUCUGGAUUUGGUGUGACACCAUCACAGUCUAGUUCGAAAGAGACUAGCAAAGAUACUUUGAUAAUCAACUCUCUGCCGAUGACCUCAACGCCAAGCCCCCAGUCUAUUAAGCGCAAUACACCGCAGUUGCAGUUCAAUGGACCCAAUGCGAACUAUAUGGGCGCGUUGGCUCGCCUUUGUGAUGCGGUCCAGGUACUAGAUCAAAUCGCUCAGCAAGUUGAAGACCCUGGCCUGAAGCAUUCUUCACAGACUCUUGUUGGCCUGGAGUUAAGCACUCGCCAUGCGGCAGAAUUCUUUGGCUUCUAUGUUUGUCGGUUUGCCUUGAACGAUAUUGCCACGAUGCUCGAUAAGUUCAUCAAAAGGGGUAGUGAAUGGGUCCUUAUCUAA